AUGACAGCGGAACCCAUUUGUCAGAUACUCGUUGAUAUCUCGUUUGAAACGUGCAGAGUUCAAGUAACCUGGAAAGAGAUAUUUGUGGCUUUAGUCUAUUUAAACAUGGUUUCAAAAAUCAAGUUGUUCGGCGCAUACCUAACAGAAGCUCCUCAUCCCGCUCCCCACUACUUCGGCACAGGAGAAUGUUUCCUCUGGCGCGCUACCCUCGUUUCCUCCUCCCUCCUAGCAAAUCUUCCUCCUCCCCCUUCAGCCGACACAACAAAUUCCCAACGCUCCACCACCAUCGGCGUCCCUCAUCCCUCCUCCCUCCUUUCCCCCACAACCACUCAAGCCCCACCUAAAUCCCCCGCCUUCUCUCCAAAAUCAGGCACCAGCACCCCCGAACGUAUCCGUUUCAAAGCAUUUCCUUACUCGGGUGGUGGUGAUGGACAUUAUGGACUUUGGUUGGAUGAUACCUUUGAGAAGGGGAUAAGUAGUAGUUGUCCUACUUUUGGGAAUGAACCAUUGAGUGAAGAGGGGGAAAAAUUUGAUAUUCUUGGGGUGGAGGUUUGGAGUAUUGGGAAUUAG